UUUACAUCUGUGAAAAUUUUAAUUGGUUUCAAUCAAAGUGACAAUGUCAUUUGUCACCAAUCAAAUCACUUUCAAAAAGUGUGGGAACUGGAGGGAAGGCAUUACUUAUUAUUCAAUCAGUUUUAGUUUAGUUUUUCCGCUUGCAUUAAAGGGAGACGGCCGCUUAUUUACAUAUAUAAAUAUUUGCUAAUACAAGCAAUCUUUAGUGAGGAUAUAUUUACGUCGGAGCACAAAAACCGGUCAUUCAGUAUUAGUAGAUUGGUUUACCUCGUCUAACGUGUGACAUUGCAUUCGGUCUUGCAAAUGUGUUAAUGAUAUUUAUAUUGUGAAUAUCUGUGUGUAAAUUCAAGUUAAAACUAUAACAAUGCGCAUAAUCGCCUUUAUAAUUAUCCUGUUCGGAUUGUGUUAUACUCAGACGAAUAUAAAUCAAGCGAAUCUUCAUCAUGGUCUCACGGAGAGAAUUGGCAAUUUUUCCAUUGAAGUUCUUUAUCAUACGACCACGAUGCAAAAGCAAGUUGAGAAUCUUGUGAUGUCUCCGUUUACACUAUGGACAGUUUUAGCUGUAAUUGCUGAAGGUGCUUCGGGUGAGACAUUAAAACAAAUAAGUCAUGCAAUAAGAGUCUCGCCAAAAUUGAGAGCUAAAACUAGAGAAGAUUUCCGCAACAUCGCCCAAUAUCUUCAAGUAAACACUUCUACAAUAGACUUAGAAAAGUUUAAUGCAAUUUUCGUUGAUGAAAAAAAGUUGCCACUCAACGAUUUUAUUUCUAUAGCAAAUCAAUAUGAUACUAAAUUGGUAAAACUUAAUUUUACUGGCAGUAAGACAUCGGAUUUAAUAAAUAGAGCUAUUGAUAAUGUGACUCAUGGGAAAAUACCACAUUUAACUGAUCCUGGUGACUUUGGUGAGACGCAAAUGAUUUUGACAAGUGCUUUGUACUUCAAGGGACAGUGGACGGUACCUUUUAACAAAAGUUCUACAACAAAACAACCUUUCUAUGACAGCCACAGUAAAAAGAUGGGGGAAGUUAACAUGAUGUACAAUAGACAUAACUAUCCAUUUGCCAACAUAUUGGAAUUGAACGCUAGAGUCAUAGAAAUACCUUACGGAAAGGAGAACCGUUUAUCCAUGCUAAUUAUGCUUCCUAAUCCAGGUUUCUCUCUACAAGACAUGUUUUUAAACUUCAACAAUGUCCCAUUAGAUACAAUAUUUGAGAAUUUAAAAUUAUCGACUGAAGAGUACGGAGAUGAAGAAGUAGAUUGCUUUAUUCCCCGUUUCAAGAUCGAAUCAAGUCUAGAUUUAACUGAAACAUUAAAAAGACAGUUAAAUAUAAAAGAUUUAUUUGAUGAAUCUAAAGUUAGUUUACCGUUCAUGUCAAGGAUCCCAAUGUAUGUGACAAAAGUGUCACACAAGGCAUCAAUAGAGGUGACAGAAGAAGGUACGGAGGCAGCUGCUGUUACUGCUGCGGAGUUCACAAAUCGUAUCGGAGUUGCCAGGUUUGAAGCUAACAGACCUUUUUGCUAUUUAAUCAUAGAGAAAACAACAAAUUCCAUUGUAUUUGGUGGAUUCUAUCAAUAUCCAUCUUUAUUUUAAUUCCUUAAUUGACUAUAAAUUUUUUUAAAUGUCAGAAACUGACCAUUUGUUAAGAAUAUUUUUUAUUUAUUUUAUUCUAAAGACCUUCAUUUUAUAAUCUGUAAGACUACAUUUAGAUAAUUUGAAUUGUAAAAUACUAAUAUUGUUACAAAUCAUAAUUACUAGUUUCCAUUGAUUAAAAUGCGUACAAAAAUAUAUUUUUGUCCCCAUUUUUUCAAAGAGAAAGAGAGAGGUAGGAAUACAUUUUUAAUACAUGAAUUUCAAUGUAACUUUACAGAUUACUGCUGUUCAAAUUUAGAAUCAGUGAAACAUAAUUACAAAAUACAGUUUUCAAUAAUAUUUCCAAUUGUACUUUCAACAUUUUAGAGGCAUUUUCUUGCCGUUGAUUUAAAUAAUCUCAAUUCUUUUGUUUUUCAAAGUAUAUAAGAUUUAGGAAAUAUUUUACUAUGAGUUUCCAUUGUUAAAAAAAUGUACAAAAACACUUUUAUCCAUUUAUAUAUAACCUUUAUAUAUUUAAUCUUGAGCCUAAAAGAUAGGCGAUAAAAAGCCUAAUUUCUGUCAGUGAUAUUAUUUAUAAUAUAUAGUGACAUCUCAAAAAUCUUCAAUGAAAAACUCUUUUAUAUAAUUCUUAAAGAUUUUUUACAUGUAUUUUGCAGUGGAAACAUAUGAUAAAUUUUGAUGCUUGCUAAUUUCAAAUAACUAAAUAAUUUAUAGUAAGUUUAAAUGUGUU